AGCGGGAGCCGAAGGGGUGUGUCUGAAGCGGGGGCCGCUAAGUCCUAGAAGGUGGCAAUUUUCCUGGGCCGGCGGCGCGCGGCGCAGGUGGAGAGGCCGGCUGGCCCGGACUUCGGCCUCGGGCUUCGGGAAAUGGCGGCUGGGGGCAGAAUGGAGGACGGCUCCUUGGAUCUCACCCAAAGUAUUGAAGAUGACCCCCUUCUGGACACCCAGCAUCUCCCACAUCAUUCAUUACAUGCUCAUUUUAGACCCAGAUUCCAUCCUCUUCCUACGGUCAUCAUAGCAAAUCUGCUCUUGUUAAUACAUGUUGUGUUUGUCAUUUUGGCGUUUUUAACAGGUGUACUUUGUUCUUACCCUAAUCCAAUUGAGGACAAGUGCCCAGGAAACUAUACCAACCCAUUGAAAGUUCAGACAGUCAUAAUCCUUGGGAAAGUUAUUUUGUGGAUUCUGCACUUCCUUCUUGAGCGCUACAUCCAGUAUCACCACAACAAAGUAAGAAACCGAGGCUAUAACAUGAUCUACCUGUCGACAAGACAUCUUAAAGGACUUGCCCUGAUGAUCCACUCCACUGGCAACACGGCUCUUCUCCUCGUGCUGUGCGUGCAGCACUCCUUCCCGGAGCCCAGCAGGUUGUAUCCUGACCUCAUCCUGGCCAUCCUGGCCCUGGAACUCAUCUGCUCCCUGACAUGUCUGCUUACUUACACAGUGAAAAUUCGGAACUUUAAUAAAGCCAAGCCACAGCCCGAUGUACUUGAAGAAGAAAAAAUCUAUGCUUACCCCAGCAAUAUAACCUCGGAGACUGGAUUCAGGACUAUUUCAAGCCUAGAAGACAUCGUUGAAAAGCAAGGAGACAUAAUAGCGUACCUGAAGCGACACAAUGCCCUGUUGAGUAAACGGUUGUUGACUUUCACUUCCUCCGAGCUAGACUCUCCACCUAGUAGAAUGUGAGAGACUCAAGGCCAAGACAGCAGGUGCAGAGGACUCCAGAGUAACCCUCCUUGGGAGCUUCCUGGGUAUAAUCUGAAACUGGCCCCACAUAGAGGACAGAGAGCAACCAGAGAGAGAGGCAGAGCACUCCAGAUUGGCAAGUAGGAGGUUUAAUGAACAAGGGAACUUGUGUACAAGGCUUGUCUUGAGAGGCAGGCUGUCAGGUAAACAGAUCUCUGCAUCCACCCACCAGAAUCUUAAGUUUAUAAAGAGGCCUUAAUUGGCCUCAUAUACCAUCCGGAGGUCUCAACAGCACGUUAUUCUCCCAAAGCUGUGUCCUCGGAACAGCUCCCACCAUGAGACGGUGGGCAGAACGUCUAUUCCAAGGACAGGGGAGGGGUGAGCAGCCUCCGAUUGUCCAAGUUUAGCUAAUGGGUCAGUUGGCAGUCAUGUCCAACAGCCUUCAGCUAUUUUCCUUUUCAAAAGGAAAACACCAGUGAUAGACGAUUCUUAUUUAAAUUCAU